AUGGGUUCCCACUGUGCCAAGCUCAGCACGGGCCACGACCGGGGUCACGAAUCCUCCAUGAAGAAGCUCAUGGCCUGUGUGAGUCAGGAUAACUUCUCCUUGUCGUCGGAGGAGGAGGAGGAGGAGGAGGGACAGGCAGAGGAGCUCCCGGUGCAGGGCAAGCUGCUGCUGCUGGAGCCUGAGUGGCAGGAGGAAGGCGCCAAAGACGACUCUGUGGCCCAGCAGAACCCCAAGCCCAAGCAGACGCGGUCCUGA